UGUACUACUCGAUUUUACUAAUAAGCAAAUAAAAUACAGUUUUAAAAAGUUUUUAAUAGUUAAAGCAAAUUACGAAAAUAGUGUUCAUUAGAACCCUAGAUUUCUGAAUUUAGAUUUUGAUGCCAAACACUAAAGUCUAAACUAAAUUCAGUUAUACCCAAUUAGGGGUCUAGCGCUUUCAGGGAUUAUAUUCAGAAAUCGCAUCAUCAACUACCUUUGGAAAAAGAAUCCAUUGGGGAAUUCGGAGCUCCAAUUUCGCAGCAAAUAGAGUCAAUUCUUGCUCAUGAAUGAGGGCGCUGCAAUUGCUCGGUGAAACUGCUCCUCCCACUUUAUCAAGUGUUGCGGCGGCUCAUUGUCACGCCAUCAAAUCAUCACUCAUCGCAGAUACCUACAUUUCCAACAAACUCAUAAGCAGAUACCAAAAAUGCAAGCAAUCGAACAGCUCCCUGAAGGUGUUCGGCGAAAUGCCUCACAGAGACACCGCCUCUUGGAACACCGUAAUUUCCGGCUACGUGAAUUCGGGGAGCUUUUUCACCGCAUGGGAAGUCUCGAAAACUAUGAAAAGGCUCGGGUUCCUCUUCGACGGCUAUACCUUUGGCAGCAUGCUCAGGGGCGUUGCAGCAAGUGGUGGAUUAAUGUACGGCCGGCAAGUUCACGCUGACAUUGUGAAGAUGGGAUUUGAUGAUAAUGUAUACGCUGCGAGUGCUCUUCUGCAUAUGUACGCCAAGUGCAGUGGAGUUGAGGAUGCAAAUAACGUGUUUAGGCACAUGAAGGAGAGGAAUACCGUUUCUUGGAAUGCUUUGAUUGGGGGAUUUGCUGAAAUGGGGAAUCUGCGUCGCUGUCUUGAAUUGUUCCGAUGUAUGGAGAUUGAAAGUGUUGGAGUCAAUGAUGCAACGUUUGCGCCUAUUCUGACAUUGCUCUGUGAUGCUGAGUUGUAUGAGUUGGCGAGGCAGAUCCACGGGAGCAUUAUGAAACGGGGUCUGGAGCACGAGAUCACUGUGCUUAACGCCACAAUAACUGCGUACGCAGAGUGUGGGUGCGUUGGAGAUGCCAAGAAAGUGUUUGAUACUGCUGAGGAGUACCGUGAUUUAGUGACAUGGAACUCAAUGUUAGCAGCUUAUUUGGAUCAUGGCAUGGAAGAAUGUGGCUUUGGUGUUUUUUUGGAUAUGAUGAGAGCGAGGUUGAAGGUGGAUGCUUACACGUGCUCCACCAUUAUAAGCGCUUGCUCUGGAGAUGCAAAAAGGAUCCUCGGAAUAUCCUUGCAUUGUCUAGUGAUAAAGAGGGGAUUGGAACAGGUAACAGAAGUAUCUAAUCCAUUGAUUUCUAUGUAUCUGAAAGCAGAUGGUCAAAACAUGGAGGAUGCAUUGAGAGUCUUUGAACAUAUAGGCGUGAAGGACCGUGUGUCGUGGAACACAAUUCUGACUGGUUUGUCACAGAAUGGGCUCAGUGAAAAUGCCGUGAGGCUCUUCCAAGAGAUGCAUCUGAAUUACCUGAGCAUCGACCAAUAUGCCUUUGCAGCAGUCUUGAGAUCUUGCUCGGAUUUAGCCACGCUCAAUUUGGGCCGACAAGUUCAUGUCUUGGUGUUGAAAUCAGGCCUAGAGGAAAAUGAGUACGUCGCUAGUGGUUUGAUAUUUAUGUACUCUAAAUGUGGGAUCAUUGAAGAUGCUCGGCAAUCCUUUGAGGCCUCUCGUAAGGAGAGUUCCGUGACAUGGAACUCGGUCAUUUUUGCAUAUGCACAACACGGGCAAGGGAAAGUUGCCCUCGACCUGUUUUACCUCAUGACACAGCGACGUGUGAAGCUGGAUCAUAUCACCUUCGUUGCUGCUCUAACUGCGUGUAGCCACAUUGGUCUGGUUGACGAAGGUCUGAACUUGUUGAAAUCUAUGGAAUCUGAAUAUGGAGUUCCAACCCGGAUGGAGAAUUAUGCAUGUGCAAUCGACUUGCUAGGAAGAGCUGGACGUCUCGUGGAGGCAAAAGAGCUGAUCAAUGAUAUGCCUUUUCAACCCGAUGUGAUGGUUUGGAGAACAUUGCUGGGUGCUUGUAGGGCUUGCGGUGACAUAGAACUGGCAACUCAGGUAGCCGACAACUUGCUAGAACUGGACCCCGGGGAUCACUGCACCUACGUUCUUCUCUCUGAUAUGUAUGGCCAUCUUAAGAAGUGGGAUGAGAAGGCUGUCAUGAAGAAGCUGAUGAGAGACAAAAGAGUCAAGAAGGUGCCUGGUUGGAGUUGGAUAGAGUUGCACCACGACGUUCAUUCUUUUAAUGCAGACGACCGUUCACACCAGAUCCCUAAAAUAUACGAUGCACUGGAGGAACUAACGAAUGAGAUGAGAAAUUCUGAUGAUGCUUUGAUCGCAGAUAUUCACCCCGAUGAUCUGGAUCUUGCCAAUGGAAAUUGGAUGGUAGGUUCUGAUGGUUGUAUUCAAGCUGUGCAGCACCAACAGGGCAGCACACGUCGCCAGAAUGUCUCAUCUAGCCUAGCCAGGACAAAUGCAACGUAUCAUACGCCUUGAGUUGCUGCAAGAUAAGUAUGCUUAUUUUAAUCAGUUGUUGCCAUCAGAUUUACUUAAACAAGCAUAAUCAAUAAUGCUAUAAGCCUAUAUAAUGAUAAUUUAUUCUGCAGAAGCAUAUCACUUUGACUACAGUAGUUUUUCCUUUUGAUUCUGUUAUGAUCAAUAAUAAUCUCAUAAUUUAUUCUCUAGAAGCAA